UGAAAGCCACGAAAGCCUAUCAUACGCUAACAUGCGCCGGCUCUUCUUCGUCACCACUUGCUUUGUAUUCACUCACUCUUCUCCUUGCGUCUCCUCCUCUACAAUAACAAAGCUUUCACUCUCUCUCCCUCUCUCUCUCUCUCUCUCUCUUCAAAGAUUAAUAAUAUAAGAUUUAAUAGCAGUGAAAUGAAUGAGUUUGGAUUCUGAUUGAUGCAGAAAACCAAAUGGCUUCUCUACAAUUUCUGAAGUAUAAUUCUUCUCCAUUUCCCAUCUCCCAACCCAACUUUCUAGGAAAACCCAACUCUUUUUUCUCCCAAUUUUCUUCCAGGAAAAUAAUUCAUUGCUCCCCAAGCUCUAAUGGAUCAAGAUACUGUAUGACCAAGAGAUUCAGGUUCUUCUGUGCUGCUCAAGACUCUGACAAAGAUAGCAAAGGUGAAGAACCUCCUGAAUCGUUGUUCAUGAAAGAAUUGAGGAGAAGGGGUAUGACUCCCACUUCUUUGCUUGAAGAAGAAACCAAUACAAGUGAAUAUGGAGUCAAUAAUGAGAUUGGGAAAGAAGCUAGAGCUUUCAUACAGAGAAAUGCAGUAUCAACUGAAAUUGAGAAAAGUCUUGCUAAUCAAAGGGAGCGCUCCUUGAAAUUGAAUAGUGAAGGACUUGAGGGGUUAAUCCCUCGAGCCAAACUGCUACUUACACUUGGAGGAACAUUUUUCUUGGCGUUUUGGCCUUUGAUCCUAAUAACAGUAGCAUCUUUCUCUGCUCUAUAUUUUUACUUUGGACCAGCUUUUGUUCAUGAUGGAACCCAAACUCCAAUUUCACCACCCCAGUAUGUGGAUCCAUAUGCACUUCUGGAAGAAGAAAGGAUCUCAACAAUGGCACCGCGUGUAAAUUGAAAGAUGCAUUGUUUAAACACUUGAACAUAUAUUUUAGAUUCUUGUAUCCCAAUUACAAUGGCCAAAAGGUACAUACAAGGCCAGAAAUGAAAUAUGGAAAAUCCUUACUACAUGCUUCAUUGCCAUUUUAAUGACUUGUUUAUUCUUUUUUC